AAAGGACAAAGGAUACAGCGUGCACAGUCGACACAUAGCCAUCUGUUCAAAGGGGAUCGUAAUCCUUGGCCUCCAUCUUUCCGCUCCUCUAGAGCCCUUCUCGAUCGAGUGAUCGAUCGCAUUGCUACGCUUCGUAUCUCGCCUUCUGCGAUCCCUUCCCAGGUGGUCUAGGGUUUGCCGAAGUGGGAUUUCUGGUAGGGCGAAUCGGGGUCUGAUCGUGUCGUCUUUCGGACUCCGAGAUGUCGGACCCCGCUUCCUUGGCUGCGGCCGUCGAGGCGCGAUUCAGUUCUCUGGAGCUCAUUGGCAGGGGAUCUUUCGGCGACGUCUUUAAAGGGUUUGACACAGAGCUGAAUAAGGAGGUCGCAAUUAAAGUCAUCGAUUUGGAAGAAGCUGAGGAUGAUAUUGAAGAUAUUCAGAAGGAAAUAGCAGUUUUAUCUCAAUGUAGAUCCCCAUACAUUACUGACUAUUAUGGUUCCUAUCUCCAUCAAACCAAAUUGUGGAUUGUGAUGGAGUACAUGGCUGGUGGUUCUGUUGCUGAUCUACUUCAAACUGGUCCCCCUCUGGAUGAAAUGUCUAUUGCAUGUAUUCUACGUGACUUGUUGCAUGCAGUUGAGUAUCUACACAAUGAAGGAAAGAUUCACCGGGAUAUAAAAGCUGCAAACAUUUUGCUUACUGAAAAAGGAGAUGUGAAAGUUGCAGAUUUUGGUGUUUCUGCAGAAUUGACAAAAACAAUGUCAAGAAGGAAGACAUUUGUUGGAACUCCAUUUUGGAUGGCUCCUGAGGUCAUUCAGAAUUCUGAAGGAUACAAUGAAAAGGCAGAUAUUUGGUCUUUGGGUAUUACUGCUAUAGAAAUGGCAAAAGGUGAACCUCCUUUGGCUGACAUGCAUCCCAUGAGGGUUCUUUUCAUUAUACCACGAGACAAUCCUCCUCAGCUUGAUGAGCAUUUCUCUCGACCUAUGAAAGAAUUUGUAUCUUUAUGUCUAAAAAAAAAUCCCACUGAGAGACCUAGUGCAAAGGAGCUUCUCAGGCAUCGCUUCAUCAGAAAUGCCAGAAAAAGUCCCAGGCUUUUGGAGAGAAUAAGAGAGAGGCCAAAGUUCAUUGCAAAAGAAGACAUGGAAGGCCAAAAUCUUACAAAAAUGUACGAUGAUGGGACAAGAACCAUGAAGGUGGUUAAUGAUGCUUAUUCAAGUGGCAUGGAUGGCGUACAGGGCACAGGGACUGUACGCAGCAUUGAGAAGCCUACUAGCCAAGCACCGCAAAGCACAGGUACUGUACGCAGCAUUGAGAAGCCUACUAGCCAAGCACCGCAAAGCACAGGUACUGUACGCAGCAUUGAGAAGCCUACUAGCCAAGCACCACAAGGCACAGGUACUGCGCGAAUACCAAGACCAACAGAUGGUUUACAGGGUACAGGAACGGUCCAAAGUGCUGUAAGAUUGCCACAAGUUGAUUAUACAAGAGACAGAAAAAUUGAUGUCACGUAUGGUUCUAACAAAACAAACAAGGUGGCAAGUAGAGAAAACAAGGCUGCAUCUGAAUCAGAAGGUUCAUUUGAUGAUUCUGCAUCAAGGUUCUCAUUGCAGAAGGUGGCUGAUCGUGGCAAAGAUGAUAGAGAGCUAGAAGAUUCUUUGGAAGAUGAUCAAAGUGAAUCAGGUACCAUCCUUAUACGCUCUCCAAAAGAAAUUUUGAAGCAGGCAGCAUUUGAUUCAAAUGUGAAGCCCAUUAGCAGGUACACCUCAUCCGAAGAUAUGUCAAUUAGUGGCACAGUAGUUCUUCAUGGCAAAAGUGAUGAAGCUGGUACUCUUCGCUCUUCAAAGUCUAGGCUAUGGAUGCAGGAAAAGGCAUCAAGUAGCUCCAAUGAAGAUAGUGCUACAAAUCUUGCAGAGGCAAAAGCUGCACUACAAGUAGGAGCAAGGAGAGGAAUUUCUAGGGAAAGACCUAUACCGAACAAACAAGUUAAGGAUGCUCUUGAGAACAAAUUAACUGAAAGGACAACUGCAUCAGAGUCCUCUAGAAAUCAUAGUGAGAAUAUUGACCUACAAAAGGUAGCGAACAAGCCACGUCGGUUAGGUACUGAGCAAUCUCAAGCCAGAGCUUCUGCUGCAGCAGCAUCUCCUGCAUUGUCUUCAUUGAUUAUUCCUUCCUUAAAGGAGGUGUGCCAUUCAUCUUCCCCACACAGUUCCAAGGAGCCUAAAGUGAAGCAGCUUCAUGACUUAGCUGUCAGCAUGUUUGCGGAGCAUUCUUCCCAUGAUUUUGUUGAUGGGAAGAAACGACUUAACUCAUCACUGGCUGAGACCCCCAGUUUAAGCCCACUAGCAAAGUUUCUCCUCACGAGAUGGAGGGUCCAAGUUUCUCAGGAACUCACCUCAUGAAGCCACCACAAAUCCCAAUAACAGAGUGUACCUUUCUCAAGGCCAACCAACUUUCAUUGUAAAUAUUUAUGGUCAGCAGCAUCUUCUGCUGCGUUGAUCGCUGUGUUUCUUACCUUUUGUGUUCUUUUAUUCCUCGAGGAUGUGAAGAAGUAUCGCAUACGGGGGAGGUUCCUGUGAUCCUGUCCUAUUAUCAUUUAUCAUCGGAGUCUAGUUUGAUGUCAAAUUUUUAGAUACAUCUCUAAUCGAUUGUAUCAAACAAGUUAUUUCCUCGUCAAUGCAACUCUUUGUAAAUGUAAAAAGUUGUCAAGUUACAGUUUGUUUUUCAUAGGGUCAUAUAUCUCAAGGGAAUUAUUCUACUUCUUC